AGACCCAGCAGGAGCUCCAGACAAUCCCCUCACUGGAGCCAAAUGAAACGGUAAUCAACAACGAAUACCAAAGAGUCAUUUCUUUAAGAAAGACCAUAGAGUCGAGAAUGAGAGCACUGGAGGUUCUGGAGCAGAAGAAGACAAGGGAGCGGAUUCCAAGAUGUGACAGAGUUGAAGAAAUCGGUCUUCAGUGAAUGUGACCAUCAAAUGGAGAACAUCACGCAGGCCAAGAAGUCCCUGAGCGACUACACGUGUGCUGUAACACGGGCGGCUCAGUUCCUGCGGGACAUCGAGGUGUCUCUGCUGCCCCCGCAGGGCUCUGCCGGUCUCUGCUCCGACAGGCUGCCGGAGACCCAGCAGGCUCUGGCCUCGCUGCAGCAGCAGUUCCAGACCCAUGUGGAGCAGCUCCAGAACCAGGACGCCUUGCAUCUUUACCUGUGCCCCCAGAAGGUGGAGCAGCUGCAGGAGAACAUCCUGAGUCAGCUCCUGGUGAGGAUGUCCACUCUCCAGGCAAAGGGACACAUCCGACUGGAAUACCUCAGCAGUUGUGCAGAACAGUACAGAAAAUACACCAAGAGCCAAGAAGAAAUCCUCCAGAGUGUGAAGAGCGCAGAGAGCAGCCUCUCCCAGUUCCUCUCUCAUAAAGUCACCUGUCUCACGGACUGCACUGAACAGCAAACCAAGCUUGGAGUUCUGUCCGAGGAGUUGGAGUCCCUGCAGAGGCGUCUGGAGGAGCUGAAUGAGUGGUGCCCAGAGCGGAGCUGUCGGGGGGGCAGGGAGUCCGGCGUGGCUUCUGUGUGGAAGCGCGUAUCGAGACUACGCCGCUGCAUUCAAGAGCUGAGCACACGCAGCAAACAGAGGAUCGCAGAAUGGAGCGAAAUCACCAACAGUGUGGAGAAGGCCACCUCUCUCCUGGAGCAGGUGGAGGCGGAGCAUCCUGAUGUGUCCCGGAUGAAGGCCUCCACCGAGGACCUGCAUGACCUGCUGCAGUCCUGGGAGCAGUACCAGGACAGACUGGACUGUGAACAUCGCGCCCUGUCCGCUCUGGAGCUGCGCACCGCCAGGCUGCUCGGCGUCCCCGCCCACCUGGAGCAGGCCCCCUCCACUCCGCUCUGUCAGCAGCUGCAGGCCAUGCAGGGUCGAUACAGCAGUGUGAAGCAGAGGAGUAGGGAGGGUCUGAAAGCAGUCAGGAUGGAGCUGGAGGACAGAGAGAAGCUGCGGCAGGAGAUGCAGGGCGUCCAGGUCUGGCUGCAGGCUGCAGACGGUCUGCUGUCAGAGCUGCAGCAGAGCAGGAGCACACAGGAGCUUCAGGAGGUCCACAGUCAGCUGUGUAACCACAAGGCUCUGCUGCAGCGCAUCAUGGAGAGCCUGAAGAUGAAAUACUCCGACAUGUACUCUCUGGUCCCGGUGGAGAUCGAGAGCCAGCUGCAGGAGGUCACACAGUCGCUGCAGCAAGUAGAAGUGAAGGUGGGAGAGGCGGUGGAGAAGAGCGGUCCCGUCCAUAGGCUGGGGGCGAAGUUGUCUGAGAUCCAAGCCGGCCUGAUGUCAGUUCAGAAGAGACUGGAACAGAAAAGCCCCAAUGUGUCCAUCGCUAAACUCACUCAGAAGCGUGUGUGGGACGAGCUGGACGUGUGGCACUCGUGUCUGGCGGCGCUGGAGGUGGACAUGCAGGACCUGGAGAACCCUGAGGACGCGCUGACACUCACUGAGAGGCUGGUGGAGGUCCAGCAGCUCCACUCCCAGCUGGCCAAACAGGCGGAGCAGAGGACCACCCUCAUCAGCAAGAUCCAAACGUGGCUUCAAGAGCACCAUGAGAUGAUCAGCAGCUCUAAGAGCUGGAUGGCUGAGGCCAAGUCGUGGCUCGCCACCCCCUGCACCUACACCACGGCUAAGUGUCUGAGCAGCCAUGUUCACACACUGCAGAUGGUGCUGGAUGACUCGGCACAGAUCCGGAAGACUCUGCAGGGCUUCAGCUCCAUCCUGCAGGAGAUGUCUCAGGUUUGCGACGUCACGACUCUGCAGGAACACCUUCUGGAAGCCGAUCAACAAGUGGCCCACGUCCAGGACAGCUUCACCGCUCCUCUGUCCCACCUGGGCCACGCUGCUGACGAGGUGGAAGCCAUUGAGACUGAAGUCAGGAGUAUGGAGAAUGAUGUGGCUGAGAUCAAGAACUUAUUGUCUUCUCCGGAGACUUUCCCCAACCCCAAAGAAGAGAGCUUCAAGACUGUCGAGCAGAAGAUCCAGUCCAUGAGGAGGACCAUAGACGAGAUCCAGAAGUGUAAAUCGGACCUGGAUCUUCCAGAGAAGGCUGAAGACACUCUGACUGUCUUUACUAUCGUGGAGCAGCUGCAGGCUCUGCUGCUGGACCUGGAGAAGAAGGUCCCUGCUCUGUUCAUCCAGCAGCCUACGACUCCGGUCCAGGCCAACGCUCCGUCUCACCAGCAGACCACCUCUGGCCCCCAUCUCUUUAAGUCCCCAUCAGAGGACGCUGAGAAGGAAGACGCGGAGGGACUCAUCAGAAUCGUCCGUGUGAAACAGGACGUGCUGAAGCAGUCCGGAGCGUCGCUGCAGACUGUGGAGCAUUCCUCAGCUGAGCAGAGACAAUCCCCGGAAAGAACGCAGCAGAGGGAGCAUCCAGGCGUGCUCCAGGCUGAGGAAGCCACAGAGAGCAAAGGGAGUGAGGAGCAGACAGUUGAAGAAGGUGGAGGAGGUGUUUUAUGGUGGCUCUGGGAUGCUUUCCUAGGUGCUCCGCCAGAGGCACGUUUGGUUGUCCAAGAAGCGACUGAAGGUGCCACCGGAGAAAGCACUGAACCGAGUAAAGGAGAUGGACAGGAUGUUGAGGGCCCCACUGACCCCACAGAAGCAAGUUCAUCUGCAGCAUUAUCAAAACCCCUGGGCACAGUCCGAACUCAGACACUGCCUGAGAGCAUGGUAAACACAGCCUCCACCAUAGAAGUCUCCAAAUCCCCCUCGAGCCCCCAGCGGAAAUGUGUAGUCUCCUAGAUGUAGAACCUGUGUCUCUAGAACUUCUCACUUCUUCUUGAUCCAAGCAUUGAACUUCUAGCUUCUUUAAAGCCAUGGGCAGAAAGACCCGUCUCUAGAAACGAGACUAAGACUUAAAAAUCCAAACCAGGAGCUUCAAUUUACUCCUAAACCAAUCAAAGAAAACCCAAGACUUCUUCUACAGACCACCCUAGAGUCUUCCUUGUACAAAGCCUAGAAUACAAGUGUUUAUUUUAGAUUUACCAACUUUUUCUAGACCCAAUCUUUUAACCCGUCUAGAAUCAGGUUUAUAUUUUAUAGAUUCUUCUAGAAGAAACCUAACGAUUCACUUUCUUCAAGAAAUGCUGACUUUUUUCUUCAUAUAUAAGUCUAUAAAUCCCACUUCCCUUUGAUUAAAGGCUUAACAACCUGUUGUAUAUACCCACAGCUUCUCUAGAUCCAAACAAAGAACUCUCAUCUAGACUCAAGCCUAGAUUUCAAGGCUUUAUCUAGAAUCUGGAUCUCCUAAAGUAUUCCUAAGGAUUCCCUUUUUCUUUUCGACCAACGUCUCCAAGCCCUUCUUCUUCCCUCAAAUCUACAGAUCAUGUCUUGUAGAACCAUAGAGCUUUCUAGAACCAAUGCUUUUCCACAAAUAAACCCUCAAACUUCUUCUAGAAUCAAACGUAGAACUCCUUUUUCUUUUACUGUCCUCCUUGUAGAACCUCUACCUGUGAUUUUGACUUGUUUCCUCUACACCUAAACUCUUCCUUUAACUCUAAUUUUACUAGAACAAAGUCUAGAGAACCUGAUAGCACCGAAACACCUUCAGGUUUGAAUCAAAAUGUCUCAACCUUCAGUGCAUUUACAUGGCAAAGAAUUCAAUCGGUUUACAUCUAUGGACGUCAGUGUUUCCUACUGUAAUAUGAACAUAAAAUAGAAGACAGAAAGUAAUUAAAUCAAAUCUGAUACGUGCCAAAGAUUUAUCCAAAAGGACUCGUCUUUAAAGGAGUUAUGGGCUUGCCUGUGUUCAAUACGACACAGCACAUUAUUUUGCAACUCUAUGGGAAGUGAAUGAUAGCGUGACGUUAUUUUACCAGAGAAACAGCAGUGAUGGUAUUUAGCAUGUGGGUGGAUGGUUUUUGGUCUGUAAUAAGCUUUUGCAUGGACCUUCAUUUUGGGUUAAUAUGUUUUUAUAAAAGCCAGAAACAAAGUGUACUAAUAGACAUAUUUUGUGAACCAUGUUUUAUAAUGUAUCAUAUAGGGAAUGGUGUUUUAAAAUAGUCAGACUUUUUGAUUGUUGACCUUUUAUUUGAGCAGCAAAUGCAGAGGUAAUCUGUUAAAAUAAACCUUGCUUGCUUACAUGCAUCUGCUAUUUGAAUUUUCAUACUCUGAACGUGAUAAUAAAUUGUUGUUUACACAUUUGAUUACCUGAGUAGUCCUGAGUGACUUCAGUGAAUUGCUCAGUCUCUGCCUGGCAGCAGGAGGAAAGAUUCCCGCUUUGCUAUGAAUCAGCAUAUUUACUCUCACUAUCGACUCUGCAGGUUUUGUACAUAAGAAAGUUCCCUUUUCUAAGACGACUGUUGGCCAUGAAAAUGCACUGGUUUGACAUGAUUACUGAUUAACACGUUACUGCUGGCAGGGGAAGACCAUGUAACUCCAAAUUGUACUCAAUAAUAUACUCCUCUAACCAAAAAUGCAUCUUUCACUUCCUCUUAUUCACAUUUUUUUAAGGCUUAGCAACAUUUUCAUCAAUUAAAACCAGUCUAAGAGCACAAAGCUGCACACUUUUGGAGGUGCAAGGUUUUCCCCUGGAGGCAGGCAUACUGAGAUGUCUUACAUUACAUGGCAUGUGCUGUACUUGUACAUUGUUCCACUUUUGCUAUUUCCAUUCUGUCUACAUAUCCAAUCAAGAGCGGAAAAAUAUAAAUAAACCCACAACAGUGAUCCACUC